CAGUCGACUAAAAGUCGGGCUGUCGGAAAAAAUGCAAAGCGGCGUUAAGAAAAAAUAGUAAUCGAAUCAUGGGGCUAAUAGAGUUGGUGCUGGCUGGGUUGUGCUUGAAUGCUACGUGUCCGGAUGAGAGUACAAUCGAAAGUUUGAUUAUUUCACCAAGACAGAGGGAAUUAACUAUGUUAGCGGAAGAAUUAAAAAUGGAAACUUUAAGAAUCACCACGUUCAACAAUGGCGAACUGAGUGGUUAUAGAAAAAAGGGCAACGAACUGAUUGGUACAGGGGUUGCCUUUGAUAUCAUCCAUAUUCUUCAGGACAAAUACAAUUUCAACUACACCAUCGUCGCACCCGAAGAUAACGUUUUUCUGAGUCCAACCAAAAAACUGGGAGCCAAAGAUUUGUUAAUCAACGGUAGGGCUGACCUCAUCGCAGCCUUUCUACCAAUAAUAAACAGCUUUCACGAGGAAAUCUCGUACUCCAGGAGGUUCGAUAACGCGGAAUGGGUGGUCUUGAUGAAGAGACCUAGUGAGUCAGCUACGGGUUCGGGAUUGUUGGCCCCAUUCACCACACCAGUUUGGAUACUGAUCAUCCUGUCGCUGUUGGUGGUUGGUCCAAUUAUAUACCUUUUGAUACUAAUACAAGCCAGAUUGACCAGAGAUGAUAACAAUAGAGUUUAUCCUUUACCGGCGUGUGUUUGGUUUGUUUAUGGAGCACUUUUGAAACAAGGCACCACUAUAAAUCCGACAACUGAUUCCUCCAGGCUGCUCUUUUCUACGUGGUGGAUCUUCAUCACAAUCCUAACAGCCUUCUACACAGCCAACCUAACGGCCUUCUUGACUUUAUCGAAAUUUACCUUGCCAAUCAACGAGCCCUCUGAUAUAAAACAAAGACGCUACCAGUGGGUAUCCAACAGAGCCAAUGGAAUUAAGGAUUAUAUAAAAGAAGAAAACAAAGAAAUGCUCCCGCGCGGGGCAAAAUUAGCCGAUAUAAUUGGAAAUGGGACCACUUUUCCAGAGACGGACGAUAUGAGUAUUCUGACUCAUUACGUUACAGACCGCGAUAUGAUGUUUAUAAGGGAGAAGUCGGUACUUGACAAUAUUAUGUAUAGAGAUUAUAAAGAGAAAACUAAGAAGGGCAUUGACGAGGUUAAGAGAUGCACUUACGUUGUUGCGAAGUUUCCCAUCACCAAGUUUCCUAGAGCGUUCGCUUUUAGGAACAAUUUUAAGUACAGGAAACUUUUUGACUCUGCGAUUCAGCACUUGGUGGAAUCAGGCAUAAUAGAGCACAAAUUCGUGGAAAAUCUGCCAGACACGGAAAUCUGCCCUCUCAAUUUAGGAAACACCGAGAGGCAGUUGCGAAACGCAGAUCUACUCUUGACUUACUUGAUCGUCGCUGGAGGUCUAACCGUGGCUAUCGUGGUGUUUAUCUUGGAGUUGCUUAUAAGGAGAUAUUGGAAGAAACCUAGAAGAAGUUUCAGAGGGCUGCUAGGGAACAACAAGCACGUACCAACGCCUCCGUUUGAGAAUAAUAAUAAUUACAACAACUUUGAUUACAUCAAGAAAAUCACUCCUCCACCGCCCUCUUACAAUUCGCUUUUCCAACCUCCCUUCACUUACAGGAACUGUCAAAAGAAAAAUAUAAACGGAAGAGAUUAUUGGAUAGUAAAGGAUGGACGUGGUGGGAGGGAGCUUAUACCACACCGCACUCCUUCUGCUUUGCUUUUUCAGUGGUCACGUUGA